AUGAAACACCGUGGUUACGUUACCCUCAAGAUAUUCAUCAAAUCUGCAUCUAUGGGAAAGCACUUGGAUGACGAGAUUCAGAUGUAUAAACGUAUCGAGAGGUGUUCGAGAUUCCACGCCGGUCGCAAUGCUGUCAGGAGAUUACUCGACUCUUUUGAUAUUGAUGGGCCCGAGGGUAAACAUCGAUGCCUGGUACAUCCUCCACUGUGGGAAAGUGUGCGGACAUUUCUGCACCGAAAUCCGGUGCGAAGGCUACCUGUGCCGGUGCUUGCAUUUGUGCUGAAGCGUGUGUUCCUGGCGCUGGAUUAUCUGCACACAGAAUGCCAGGUUAUUCAUACCGCUCCGAUCCUAUGUGACUUUGGAUCCGCCGUGCCUGGUGAUAUUGAGCAUUCGGAAGAUAUCCAACCUGAUAUCUAUCGCGCCCCAGAGGUGAUCUUGGAGGCUCCAUGGGGCUAUAAAGUGGAUAUCUGGAAUGUUGGGUGCAUGAUCUGGGAUGUCUUUGAGGGCGGAUCCUUGUUCACUGGCUACGACCCGGAAUUUCAGGCGUAUCGAAGUCGAGCACAUCUCGCUGAGAUCAUAAGACUGCUCGGGCCUCCUCCCCCUGAGCUCCUCGCUAAAGGGAGGCUUCGUCAUAAAUUCUUUUCAGAUGAUGGUGACAUUCUAGCUCAAUCCCUGUUAGGAGAUCGGAUCCCACUUGAGGAUAGGGAAACAUCCUUCGAAGGGCUGGAUAAAACCCGUUUUUUAAUCUUCGUACGAAAGAUGCUACAAUGGGAUCCAAACAAGCGUAGCUCUGCUAAAGAGCUGCUAGAGGAUGAGUGGAUCUGUGAGAACACCAGGCAGGGGGCUAAACAUUUACGCGUUAGGCAUUCCAAGACAGGAAAUCUGCCGAUAUUGCCUGACUGCCUCAGGAAUCAGCACGUGCUGGCAGCCGAAUCCGGUUAG